GCUAUUGGGCACAAUGUAAUGAGAGGACGGUGUAAUUAGAUUCUCGGAUAUACGGACCAGUACAUGUGGCGCUGCCAUACUCACACUCACAGUGAACCCGACCCGUCUUCCCCUGGUUUUCUUUUCUCUCCCUCUGCGACUGGCAAAUAGAAGGACAUCCUCUUAAAGGACCUCCGUGUAUAGGUAUUUCUCAGUGUCGUGAUGCUGGGAAAAUCACUAGCUUCUCCUCUGUUUACAUUGGAUUCUGCAACACGUUUUUGCUAUCCUACUCCUGAUCUUGCAAAUGCCACAACGAGUGCCAUGUCGUUUGACCUCAACUUGUGCAGUGGUUUUCCACCAACUGUAGUCCGAGGAGCUUGGAUAUCUCAUAUAUCGAUGAAGAAAUUCUCCUCACCAAAUGUGCUGUGCCAUUCAACAGUGCAAGUGGAAAGUAAAACAUUAAGUGAUGAAGAUGGAGAGACAUGGGAAGCAUGUAAGGAAGCAUUGGCUUCACUUAGUUUUAGCACGGAGGAGAGAGAUAAGAUACUUAGAAAAGCAUUUGGUUACGUCCAUUCACCAUAUUGGAGCGAAGAACGUAAAAAAGAAGUUCCAAAGGUUGAAAUAAUAAAUGAAAUAUUGGACUAUUUGAGGAGUCUAAGCCUCUCGGAUGAUGAUCUAUACAAGUUACUCAAAAAGUUUCCAGAAGUUCUGGGGUGUAGUCUUGAGCAUGAGAUGAAAAUGAAUGUGCAGAUCCUAGAAAAAGACUGGGGGAUAGAAGGUAAGUCCCUAAGAAAUCUUCUUCUCCGAAACCCAAAAGUUUUAGGCUAUAAUGUGGAUUGCAAAGGAGAUUGUAUGGCGAAAUGUACUCGUUGUUGGGUUCGGUUUUAGUCUUUCAAUUCCUUUUUACCAGGCAAAAGGAGCCUCAUUAUGUUGAUUACCUUCUGAAUCUAAUUAGCCUUUUUGUAUAUUUGUAGUUUUACAAAUGACAACUCGGUUAGAAUGCUGAGUAUAUACAUAUAUAUGUGAAUAUGUAUUGGGUUAUCACAUGGUGUGUGGAACUGAAAUGAAGUCUGAAUUGGAAGGUGGUAAGGAUAUUAUGCA